UACAGAGUAUCUUCUUCAACCUAAUUUCAGUUUUCUGGCAGAAAAACUUUCAUACUAUUAGCAAGUUUGCUUGGGAAACGUGAAUAUUAGAUUGAAAUCUCGUUUCCCAUUCGUUUCCGGGAUGAGUUCAGUUUCAAAUACGUCUCUAUUCUUCUGAAACGGUUUUGGCGCGUUCCGAAACGCGUUUCGCGGUUGCCCCGUUCCAGGACGUUUCGGAAACGUUUGUACAUGAUUGUGUAUGGAUUGGACUGCUGUUCAUAGAUUGUGGGAUAAAUGGGCACCCGACAAUGUUGGCUCAGGACAACCUUUGAAGGCAGCAUUACUUGUCAAUUAUGAUCCUACAGGACCCUCACGCCUCUUAUCAACCAUAGCAGAGCAAGAAGGAUUUAGAGCAGAUCCUGUUGAAUUAAGUCAGUUUGUAAACUUUGUAAAACGCAACAACCUGCAGACUGAGACCUUCCUCCUUGGGCCAAAUGAAUACUUGGUAACUUCAAUUCAUGAGAAUUGGUUUCAUGCAAGGUGUAUGAACACAUCAAAGCCCUCAGGUGAAGGUGUUGUGGUGAUGCAAACAGCAGCAUUUCUCUUGGUAGCCAUAUACGAAGGGUCGAUAGGAUCUGCAUCAUGCGCUGUGACUGCUGCUGAUCAGUUUGCAAAUCAGUUAUGUCGAAAGAGCCUUUGACUUGAAAUAGUUAGGGUGAUAGCAGAAAUCUCUGCAGAAGUAUUGGUUAGGAGGAACACAGUUAUAGACAGGAGAAGGGAUUUCCCACUUUAUGUUUGUUUUCAAAGAAGUGGAAAAAUAGUUCUCGUUAAAGCUGGAAAACAUUUUCUUUUUGUAACGAAAGGAAGCCUCAUUUUUCUUCUCUC